AACUGCCGGCGAGCGCGUGGUCCGAAUCCUGUUGCCUGCCCUCCCCUCCCCUCCCCCCCUACAGCUCCUUCACCGUCGCGCGCUGGUCCCUCUUGGCUCGCGAUGGUGGGGAAAAUAGUAAGGCGGAGGAGGCUCCACCAGCCCGCGCCGAAGCCGUCACAGCCGCAGCAGAGUGGGGGCGAGGAGGUGCUUUCGGCGGCCGCGCUAACCUUCAGCGCUAACCCCGGAAAGGGUAAGGGAGUUCUAACAUCAGACAUUUUUUCUGGGGUGAAUAUUGAUCCAAAAAUUCUAGUGAAGAAGUUGGACACUGAUUCAAAGAAUCCUGUUUCAGUCAUAAAAGAUGAACAUGAAAAAGUAAUGUCUAAGAAAGAAAAAAUGAAGAUGCGUAAGGAGAGAUGGCUGCAAAAAAUUGAGAGCAUUAAGUUGGCAAAGCAGCAGCACAAAGCAGAGGCAAAGCGGAAAGCUACUCCAGUUGUUGGAGAUAUGCAUCAAUUGCUGGAUGCCCUGCCUGAGCUUUCAGAUCUGGUGACAGUAAGCAAGUUCUGCAAACAGCGUAAUAAAAUGCAGAAGAAGAAGAAAGUGUUGACAAAUUUCAACCAGAUGAAAUCAGCCGAGAAACGCAAGGUCUUGGAAGAGGAAGUGGCACAGUUUCACAAGACAAUAUCAGACCCUUUGUUCAAAGACAACCCUCUAUCAAUCAUUAGUCAGCAUCUUUCCAAAAGACUAAAACAGGAGAAAGAGGAAGAACCACUUUAAUAUAAUGAUUGAGGAUGUUUGAAAACUCCAGCAACUGACUCAAUCAUGGCUUUAUCUGUACAGUAGUUUAAUGUAAUCUUCAGAAACCAGACCCAGUAACUUGGUUUGCUGAGCCCAGAAAUAAAGUGUUCAACUUCAAUUUAUGCACUAUGGGUACCAGUUACAACUCUGGAUUUGGAGACUGGUGGAACUCUGUAGAUGUGAGACUUUCUAAUUCCCCAAAUUUACCCUAAUUAUAGUUUUGGUCUUUUUGUUUCCCUCUGUAUAGCUUCUGUAAUGUAUGUAUGAUUCUCCAACUUUCUACUUCCGAGUAAUGUAAAUUUUUUUGUUUCUUUCUGUGAGCAGUUAAAUGGCUGCCUUUAGAGAAUUGUUUUGGUAAAUGAAAUGUGAUUAAUAAAAUACCUAGUGCUUUG